AAACGCUUCGAUACAAUGUAAUCACUUCAAGUAUUGCUAGACAUUCGAAAAAAUGUCUUCCGCCAACCUCAAUAGAAAGCGCCGUCGUGUUGAAAGUGCAGCUUCGGCGCUUUCCAAACCUUUCAAGUCUCCCCUCCGCCGACCACCGCAAGUCUCGGAGACCAAGCACGAGGCAUUAUCCAAAGAAGAAAGUAAUGUUGACAUCAAUGAUGCGCACACACCACCUGCGACCUCAUCUUCCCCGUCGUCUACUCGUCCCUCGAGCUUGGAGCCACACAGGAGAAAAGCGCAAAUAAACCAUCUAGCUUCAUCUAAAAAACCAGUAUUUUCUGACCCAGUCAUUCUUGAUCUUCAGAAGCAAGAAAGGGCGCUGCAGUCACGACUUGCUAUCCUGCGAUCUGAACUUGACACUGCACAACAAGCUCUUCAGCUCGAGUCCUCGACCAAAGAUGCAGACCUCCAAUCGCUAAUUAUGAAGUGGAGAUCUGUCAGUCAGAACGCAGCCGAAGAAGUUUUCUCUGGAGCUCAGGAACGUGUGGCGCGGAUGGGGGGUAUGAAGGCAUGGAGGGAGCGAAUGAAAAAUAACAAUACGCAGUGGGAGCAAGAGGAGAUGGAGCCCUGGUAUGGCAACGCAGAGGCUGAAAGGGUUGAUGUGGAUGAAGAUGAGUUGGAGGCUCGGAAGGCUGAGAUGCUAAGGGGUUGCAAGAAGAGGCACGAUGAGGGGCAGGAAGACGAAGAGGUUGAAGAAGAAGAAUUCACCAUGGACUUCAUGUUGAAGACGUUGAAUAUUGACCUUAAGGUCAUCGGAUAUGAUAAAGCUCAUCAAAGAUGGAUUAAGGAAUAGUCUCCAACUCUUGCAUACACUGUUCUGACUUUCAGCUAUGAAAUAAAUAUGCAUGAUCUUCG